AAUUUCCGCGCUCGGGCGUCAGCUUGAGUCACCGGGGGCAGAAUCGAAAGUGAUCGCUGGCGCCGGGCGGGAGCCGGGGCGCCGGGCGGCGGGGUCCGUGCGCGGGACAUUUCACAUGGCUGAACAGCCCCAGAGGACCAGCUGAACCGGGAGCCUGGGAUGCCGCUCCGCAGAGCCAGGCCAGAGAUGGUGUCCCCAGGGUCCAGCUCAUCGCCCAGCAGCCCCAUGGCCACCAAGGAGCUACCUCUGGCCAGACUGUGUGCCCAGCUGGACCUGCGACUAGGCUGCUCCCGCUGUACUCAGCGCCUCAAUGAGAGCACCUACCUACUGCGCCAGGUAGAGCACAGCUGUCCCCAAGCCAUCCUGCUGGCCCGCUUCAAAGGAGCCACCAAGAGCAGGGUCUGGCGCAAGGUGGACCGCCGGCCCAGCUUCCCACGGCCUGCCCGCUAUGAGGUCUGCUGGUACUACAGCCCGGGGCUCGGCUGCCAGCGCCACCACAACCAGUGCACCUUUGCCCGAAGCCGGGAGGAGGCCCUGGUCUGGACCUUCGAGCGUGAGCACAACGUCAGGCGCAUGUGGCUGAAGUCCGAGCUGCAGGGCGGUGGGGCCCAGGGCGAGCUGCGCAGCCCAGCCGAGGCCAUCCGUGCCGAGUACGGCGGCCACUUCCAGCUGCUGUGCUCCCACUGCUUCCGCUGCUGUCCUCCCCGCGUCUGCCCGGUGGACGCCCGGGGCCGCUGCCCCGAGCAUGGAGCCUGCCCCUCGCUCCUGACCCACGUGAGCACCGAGGGCCGCUGCAAGCAGCAGGUUGUGGAGGUGCGGCCGCAGCCCCAGUACGGCCAGCCACUGGCCUACUGCAUGUUCGUGGGGCGCGGGCGGCCCUGCCGGCACGGGGCAUCCCGCUGCCAGUACGCGCACAGCGCGGUGGAGAUGGCCGUGUGGGAGGCUGAGCAGCUGGACGGCCUCAAGCGGUGCGACCUGCUCUCGCCCGCUGCCCCCAGUGGGGAGGAGCGCACAGCCCGCCCUGGCCAGGCCCCCAGGGUCAAGCUGUACUGCCGGGCCUGCCUGGUCACCUGCCACUCCCAGGAGGCCUUUGAGAACCACUGCUCGUCCCUGGAGCACGCACAGAUGGUGGUCUUGGACCAGGAGGAGUGCUGGGAGCACCGCAGCCCACCCACGGGGCUCUCCACAUUUGAGCUCUGCCCAAAUCCCAGCCUCUGUGAGUAUGGGGACAUCUGCACCAAGGCGCAUUCAGAGCAGGAGCUGCAAGAGUGGACCCGACGGGUGCAGGCCGUGAAGCUGCGGGAGCGGGCCGCCUGGCAGGAGGGGCUGGCGUCUUACCAGACGCGGCUGCUGGCUGAGUACCAGCGGAGUAGCAGUGAGGUUCUGGUGCUGGCCGAGACCGUCGAAGGCGUGUCCAUCACGUGCAAGCAGCCCCUGGUGCAUGAGGCCCAUGAGAAGAAGACUCAGCACAGCUGGAUAUUUGACGUCAACUCGAAGGAGCCCCUGCUCCACGUGGCCCUGCUGAAGCAGGAGCUGGGCGCAGACUUCUGGCUGGCGGCCCCCGGCCUCCCGUCGGGCCAGCUCUAUGCGAAGGGCGAGCGCUUCCAGGCGCGUGCCUCGCCAGCCGCGUUCCAGGUGGAGGUGCGCGUGCGGACUGCCUCCUUCGGCUGCUUCGAGCAGUGGCUGGUCUUGGACUUCGGCCGCAGGCCAGUGCUGCUGCGGAAGCUGAGGCUGCAGGCGGGCCAGGUGCCCUGCCCGGGGCUGCGGGGGAGGCCGGGGGACAGCCGCCCCAAGGAGCUGGAGCGCUGGCACACCGGCAACCGCCACGUGGUGCCUGGUGUGGUGCGGACGGCCGAGCAGGAGGCCCUGGUGGCGAUGUACAAGGUGCCCGCCCUGGCCCUGGACUUCAGUCCCGGCGGCCUGGCCUCCGGACCCAUGUCCUGCACCAACUACCGGCAGAGGAUGCACCAGUUUCUCUAUGAGGAGGAAGCCGUGCAGCAGCAGCUGGUGGCCAAGCUGAACUUCCGGGGCGCGGUGGCCCUGAGGACGUCACUGCAGACGCCGGCCCUGGGCAUGCUCUUCCCGCCGUCGGGAGCCCUGUUCGCCGAGGUCCCCAGCCCCUCCUCUCUCUUGCCAGACACGGACCAGGGCUUCCUGCUGGGCCGGGCGGUCAGCACAGCGCUGGUGGCCCCCGUCCCCGCGCCUGACCACACCGUGUACGAGGUGCGGCUGGAGACCCGGGCCAGCUCCGAGCAGGCACUGUGGCUGCUGCUGCCCAACCACUGCUGCUCGGCCCUGGGGCUGCAGCCCGAAACCAGCCCCACCUUGGAGGUGCAGUUCCAGGUCGACCCGCUGACCUUCCGCUUCUGGCACCAGGCGGUGGACGCGCUGCCUGAGGAGCGCCUGGUGGUGCCUGACCUGCCGACUUGCAACCUGCCCCACCCUCUGCCCAUCCCGCCCGCAAUGCAGGGCAACCGCAAGCAGAAGCUGGCUGUGGCCUUCAUUGCGGGCAGUAGCCCCGGGGGCCGGCGGCCCAUUGCCCCGCUGCUCAUCUACGGCCCUUUUGGCACAGGCAAGACCUACACGCUGGCUAUGGCCUCCCUGGAGGUCAUCCGGCAGCCGCACACCAAGGUGCUCAUCUGCACACACACCAACAGUGCGGCCGACAUCUACAUCGAGGAGCACUUCCACGGCUACGUCAGCAGCGGCCACCCCGAGGCCGCCCCGCUCCGGGUCAUGUACACGGACCGGCCGCCCAGCCAGACGGACGCCACGGUGCUGCAGUACUGCUGCCUGACGCAGGACCGCCGGGCCUUCCGCGCACCGACGCGGGCCGAGCUGGAGCAGCACCGCAUCGUGGUCACCACCACGUCGCAGGCCCGCGAGCUCAGGGUGCCCGCCGGCUUCUUCUCGCACAUCCUCAUCGACGAGGCCGCGCAGAUGCUGGAGUGCGAGGCGCUCACCCCGCUGCGCUACGCCGCGCCCGGCACCCGCGUGGUGCUGGCGGGGGACCACAUGCAGGUCACGCCCCGGCUCUUCAGCGUGCCCAGGGCCCAGGCGGCGGGGCACACGCUGCUGUACCGCCUGUUCCAGCACUACCAGCGGGAGGCGCACGAGGUGGCCCAGCGGAGCCGCCUCAUCUUCCACCAGAACUACCGCUCCACGGAGGCCAUCCUCAGCUUCGUCUCGCGCCACUUCUACGUGGCCAAGGGCAGCCCCAUCCACGCCAGCGGCCGCGUGCCCCCGCACCCCAGGCUGCACCCGCUCAUGUUCUGUCACGUGGCGGGCAACCCCGAGCGCGACCUGUCCAGCACGUCCUGGCUGAACGCGGCGGAGGUGGCUCAGGUCGUGGAGCAGGUGCGGGACCUCCACGACGGCUGGCCCUCCUGCUGGGGCGCCCGGGAGCAGAAGCACAUCUGCGUUGUGUCGCACGGCGCCCAGGUGACUGCGCUGAGGCAGGAGCUGAGGAAGAGGAACCUGGGCCAGGUGUCCGUGGGCAGCUUUGAGAUCUUGCCAGGCCGGGAGUUCCGGGUGGUGGUGCUGAGCACCGUGCACAACCACCACAGCCUGCUGAGCUCAGGGACAGCCUCCCUCGGGUUCUUCACGGACGCCCGCGUGCUCAACACCAUCAUGACCCGCGCCCAGUCCCAGGUGGUGGCCGUGGGGAACGCUCUGGCCCUCUGCUCCUCCGGGGCCUGCAGCAAGCUCUGGAAGAGCUUCAUCCGUGAGUGUGUGAAGCAUCACAGCGUCUGCCCCGAGAGCCUGUCCCUGGAGCACAUCGAGCAGGGCGUGCUUCAGCAGCAGCGCUGGGCCCUCCAGGCCGGGAGGUCUGCGGCAGCGGCGGCCCUGGACGCUGUCCCAGAGGAAAGGGCAGCAGGGGAGCCGGCCCCAGAGCGUGCGGCCACGGGGGCCACGGCUCGGGGGAGGACCUUCCCGUCUAAGACCUCGGCAGCAGGAGACAAGGCCGCGCCGCGGGCAGAGGCAGGGGACGCGGCCUCAAGGUCCUGUGGCCAGGGGCUGCUCCGUGGUGGGGGGAAUGCGGUGGCAGGGCUGACGGCCACGGAGAACAGGGACCCCGAGGACCCUGAGGACACUGAGUCCGACUUCUGGCCUUCUGACACGGAGCUCAACGCGGACGACUCCAUCCUGCAGGAGCUCCUGGAUGAAGGCCGGAACGUGACGGUCACCGUCCGGGAAGAUGGGCUACUGGACACCAUUGCCAGGCCCGAGUCCCCGCACCAGGCCCGGCAGUACACACACCUGCCACGGGCCACCCUGCAGAAACUACUCUGCUCGGAGCCCGAGCUGUACCGCCACUGUGCCUUCGUGCAGGAGACCUUCGAGCAGGCGACAGCCCUCCCGCUGGAUGACGUGGCUUCCAGCCCCAUCCAGAUCAGGGGCCGCCUGCACUGUGGGAUGGCCUUCAGCGGGGACGAGGUGCUCGUGAAGGUCCUGGGCCAGGACACGGGCUGCCCGGGGAGGCGGCAGGGCUGCGUGGUGGGCGUGCUCAAGAGGAAGCGCCGGGAGCUGGUGUUCGUGUGCCGCAUGGAUGAGUGGGACUCUCGCAUCAUGACCCCCGUCGAUGGCUCUGUGACGAAGAUCUUCGUGGCCGAGCUGAAGGACCCGCUGCAGGUGCCCAUCCACCGCGUCCAGCAGGGCCGCGUGCAGCGGGUGGGGUAUGAGCGGCUCACGGCCGAGGCCCGGGGCAGCCGGCUCUUCUGGGUGCGCAUCGUCCUGUGGCGGCAGCGCUUCUACUACCCCCUGGGCAUCGUCCUGGAGGUGCUGCCCGAGGCCACCACGUGGGAGCAGGGCCUCCGCGUCCUGGACCUGGAGCACGGCUUGAAGAAGCCCUCACUAGAGCCCGCAGCCCUCUGCAAGGUGCUGCAGAAGUACCGGGCGGAGCUUGGCCGGGCCCCCGACCACCGGGAGGACUGUCGCGGCUUCCCAACCUUCACCGUGGACCCCCAGGGCGCCCAGUACCUGGACGAUGCCCUCAGCGUCCGCGAUCUGGGCCCCAGGUACCAAGUGGCUGUGCACAUUGCUGACGUGGCCAGCUCCCUUCCCAGGGACGGGGCCGUGGACCUGGAGGCCCGCAGGCAGGGCAUCACGUUCUAUGCCCCUGACCGGGAGCCGGUGCCCAUGCUGCCAGCCGGCCUCUGCCGUGACGUGCUCAGCCUCCUGCCCGGCCAGGACCGCUUGGCCAUCUCCCUCUUCCUCACCGUGGAGAAGGGCAGUGACCAGAUUAAAAGCCUGCACUUCGCGCCCUCUGUGAUCUGCUCCGACCGCCAGCUGUCCUACGAGGAAGCUGAGGCCGUGAUCCGGAGGCACCCGGGUGGUGGCCGCGAGCUGCCCGCCCAGCUGGACUCUGUGGACGCCUGUGUCGUGGCCGCGUGCCACUUCUCCCGGGUGCUGCGCCGGCGCCGCCUGCAGACCGACUCCCACUACGAGCAGCCCAGCGAGGACUGUGUGCUGGGCUUCCGUGCGGCCCACGUCAUGAUCAAGGAGUACAUGAUCCAGUUCAACAGCCUGGUGGCCGAGCUCCUGGUGAGCAGCGAGCCCACGCGGACCGUCACGCCGCUGCGGUGGCAGCCCACGCCCGGUGAGCGGCAGCUGGGGGCCCUGUGUGACAAGCACCAAGAGCUGGUGGCCCUGUCGCUGCACCUCCGCCACCACCUGCCCAGCCGCGGGUCCCCCGGCAGCCACAUCUACCUCCUGGCCUCCCUGUGGGAGCACGUCCAGCUCGCAGCCCGCGCCGGGGACUGGAACCGCGUGGAGGACCUCAUCACCACGGACGACUUGCACCCUUCUCUGGCUCCCGUGGGCCUGGACCUCCGCAAGGCUCUGGCCCGCUCUGCGUUUGGCCGCUCCUGCCAAGGUGAGCGGCAGGAGGCUGGCCACUACUCGCUGCAGGUGGACUGGUACACGUGGGCGACCUCCCCCAUCCGCAGGUACCUGGACGUGGUGCUGCAGCGGCAGAUCCUGCUGGCGCUGGGCCGCGGCGGCCCCGCCUACUCCGCCCGCGACAUCGACGGGCUGUGCCAGGAAUUCAGCUACCAGCACGGGCGCGCCCAGAGCUACCAGCGCCAGGCCCGAAGCCUGCAUCUAGCGGCGCAGCUCAAGGUCCAGCCGCGGAGCAAGCUGGGCUUCGUGGUGGGCGUGGAGACCGGCUCCCGCUGCUUCAGGCUGCUCUUCCCCGCCGACCCCGAGGCCCUGCCGGACCUCUGCCCCGUGCACUACCGCUCCUUGCAACUGGCCGAGCACCCCGGCAACCUGGAGGGGCGGCCGGGCCUGCGGCUUGUGUGGCGGCGCCGCAUCUACUCCGUGUGGGCAGACGGGCCGCGCUCCCCGCUGCCGGGCGCCCUGCUCGACCCACACACUAGGCCCGUGGACGCCAGCCUGUGGCAGCAGCUGCUGGAGCUGGUGCAGGAGCAGCGGUGGCCGGAGCUGGCUGCCCUCGUGCGGGAGCAGGGCGCGGCGAAGCCCCAGCAGCGCAUGCUGGGCCGGGUGUGGCAGAGCCCCUGCGGCCACUUUGUGGAGGUGGCCCGGGAGCUGGGCGGGGGGGACACGCUGCAGGUGCAGCUCAGUGCCACCCUGCAGCGUGGCUUCCUGGCACCGAGUCUGCAGCUGUGCACGGUGGCACCCGGCUUCACCCUCUGCCUGGAGCACGUGGAGCGGCUGGGCAGCUGCUUCCUGGACCAGAUGCCCCAGGCCGUGCGAGACCGCUGUCCCGACGUGGCCGAGUACUCCCGCGUGUGGGGGCCCUUCUGCUCCUUGGAGUCGGCCACCGGCGCCGUCUUGGAGAGUGACUCCAUCACGCUGCAGCACGUGAGCAUAUCCUGGGAUGUGAAGCAGAUGCCGCAGCGGCGGCUCCGGGGCUCCUUCUGCCUGGAAUCCUCCUUCCUCAGUGAGCACUGCAUCGACCUCAGCUUUGGCCACUGCUACCUCUGCCUCCGGCUCGAGGGGCUGCUGGCCGUGCCCGCCGCAGAGAAGCGGCUCCCCUCAGCUGGCCCCGGCCAGCCUCCCCCGGCCACCCCGGCCUGCGGCCCCAGCGGCCCCGGCCCCUUCCUGAGCAUCGACCCCGACACGUACACGUGGGUGGCCCACGGGCUGACAGAAGACUGGGACCCGAAGGAGGGCCGGGCCGACCGGCAGGAGACCCCCAAGCAGGUGCACUUCUUCAUCCAGCACAUGGCCAUGGAGAAGGUUCCAGAAGAGGUGCUGAGGCCUGGUGCCCGAUUCACCAUUGAGGUGCUGCCCAAGCAGCUUCCGGACAUUCGCAAGGAAGAAGCCGUGCGCGGGCUGAAGCGCGCAUCCCCGCUGGUCAUCAACAUUGCCCUGGGCCGGCCCAUCCCGCUGCCCCGCCAGCUUCUUUCCCAGCAGACCCGUGGCCGAGGGACAUACAGCAGGUUCCUGGAGAAGCAGGCGUUCGACCUCCCUGGCGGCCCCCACACGCUGAACCGCAGCCAGAACAGGGCUGUCAGGGCGGCUCUGAAGAAGCAGUUCACCGUGAUCCAGGGCCCUCCAGGGACCGGGAAGACAGUGGUGGCCUUCCACAUCGUGUUCUGGUUUCACAAGUCAAAUGAGGAGCAGACGGGGGCCUGUGACACCCCCAGGGAGAAGCAGCUGGGGGGUCCCUGCAUCCUGUACUGUGGCCCCUCUAACAAGUCGGUGGACGUCCUGGCAGGGCUGCUCCUGAGCAGGAGAGCGGAGCUGAAGCCGCUGCGAGUGUACAGUGAGCAGGCCGAGGCCACAGAAUUUCCGGUGCCGGGUGUGGGCAGCCGGGGCCUGCCCAAGAAGAGCCCCCGGGAGGGGAGGCCCAACCAGACCCUCAGGAGCAUCACCCUGCACCACAGGGUCCGGCAAUCCUCCAACCCCUACGCACCGGACAUCAGGGACUUUGAUGCCCGGCUGCAGAAAGGGGAGAUCCUUUCCAAGGAGGACCUCAGCUGGUACAAGACCAUCCUGGGGAAAGCACGGAAGUUCGAGCUGGACCAGCACAGGGUCAUCCUGUGCACAUGCUCCUGUGCGGCCUCAGCCAGCCUCAGGAAGCUGGACGUCCGGCAGAUCCUCAUCGACGAAGCAGGCAUGGCCACGGAGCCGGAGACCCUCAUCCCUCUGGUGGCCUUCUCCAAGGCCGAGAAGGUGGUUCUUCUCGGGGACCACAAGCAGCUGCGGCCAGUGGUCAAGAACGAACAGCUGCAAAAUCUGGGGCUGGAUCGGUCUCUGUUCGAGAGGUACCACGUGGACGCGCACAUGCUGGACACGCAGUACCGCAUGCACGAGGGCAUCUGUGCCUUCCCCUCCAUGGAGUUCUACGAGAAGAAGCUGAAGACCUGGCAGGGCCUGAGGCGGCCGCCCAGCAUCCUCGGCCACAUUGGCAAGGAGAGCUGCUCUGUCAUCUUCGGCCACGUGCAGGGCCAUGAGCAGAGCCUACUGGUGUCCACAGAUGAAGGGAAUGAAAACUCCAAGGCCAACCCGGAGGAGGUGGCCGCGGUGGUCCGCAUUGCCAAGCAGCUGACUCUGGGCAGGACAGUGGAGCCCAAGGACGUCGCCAUCCUCACUCCCUACAACGCUCAGGCUGCGGAGAUCAGCAAGAGGCUGGUGCGAGAGGGCGUCUCCGGAGUGACCGUGUGCUCCAUCACCAAGAGCCAGGGAAGCGAGUGGCGCUACGUGCUGGUGAGCACGGUCCGCACGUGCCAGGAGAGUGACCUGGACCAGCGGCCAACGAAGAGCUGGCUCAAGAGGUUCCUGGGCUUCGUCGUGGACCCCAACCAAGUGAACGUGGCCAUCACCCGGGCCAGAGAGGGGCUCUGCGUCAUCGGAGACCACCGCCUCCUGAGCUGCUGCCCCCUGUGGCGGCGGUUCCUGGACUUCUGUGAGGCGCAGCGCAGCCUGGUGCCCGCCGGCCAGGUGCGCGUUUGCAGGAGGCCCGCCGUGGCUCCCGGGAGCGGCCGCUCCACCUGCCCGGGCCUGGGGCUGCCCCGCGGCAAGGCCAAGCCCUGAGCCCUGCCCCGCCCACUGCGCAGAAGCCCGGGCCCUCCGCGGGCCCUGCUGGCCGCCUACCUGGUGGCUCGUGAGCAAUAAUAACCCCUUUCCGGGGUCUUGGCCUCUCCCGGGGCAGGGAGCGGCCAGGCCCGCGCAGCCGGCAGGUGCGGACACUGGGGGAAGAACGCCGGCCUCCUGGGGAGCUGCUUCCCUUGGGACAUUGGGUGACAGGGAACGCUCAGGGGUCAGGGAAGGGGGCCUCUGGGCCUUCUGGUGUUGCCCGGAAGGUUAGAGGCCGGGAAGGAGGUCCCAGCCGGGCUGCUCUUCGGUCCUUGGAUGCCAUCCCUGACCCCACUGGGUGCUGCUGGCUGGGGAGCUCGGUCUACUUUCUUCUUUCUUUUACUUUUUUUGUUUGUUUGUUUCAAGUAGGCUCCAUGCCCAACGUGGGGCUUGAACUCCUGGCCCUAAGAUUAAGAGUUGCAUGUUGUACCGACUGAGCCAGCCAGGCCCCCCUAUUUUUAAUUUUUAAAUAAGCCAAAAGCCAGUGGCUUUUUUUACUGGAACAAGUUCCUUCGCCCAAACUGACAGAGAGGCCCCCUGGAAGAGAGGGCCUGUUCUGUGUCCGCACCACCCUAAGUGGGACCCCAGCCCUGUGUCCUUCAGGAGCCACCUGCCCUUGCAGGAGGAAGGGAGGACCAGAACCAGGUGCCCACACCUGGACCAUGGGUGUGCGGGGUGGCCUGGGAUUGGGAUGACCCUGGAUGGGCAGCCUUCUUGUGCCUUCAGCCUGACCUCUGCCUCCCCUUUGCAACCUCAAGCCUGCUGCCAGGUCAGGACUUUUGGGACAACCUGUCCUGUGUUUGCAAGGUUGAGGACCUUCAUUGUCACUCAGGGUGCAUUCAUGUCCUUCCUGCUCUGGAAACUUCUGCCUUGAUAUCCGCCCUCACCUCAGGCCACCCCAGCCCACCCCCAGGCAGCUCGGGCCCAGAGUCUCUGCACUUCCACCGUCCCCACGGCCUGAGGGAUGCUGCCAACAAGCUGCUUAUACUAGGAGGGGCCUGCCCUCCCUGUGGCCUUGCUGCAGAGCCCUCUGCCAGUGGUGGGGCAGGGGGCCGGGG